AUGUUUGAUAAACUAAUAUCUCAAAAUUAUUUACUUCUUAUACUUAAUAUUGAUUCAACACAACCAUCACCAUUAAUUAAUACAAAUUUAUUAAAUAUCCGUAAUGUUUAUUCAUCAUUUAUAACAAUAAAUCGUGAAGCACAUGUAUGGUAUCAAGAAGUAUAUCAUACUCUUGAAAAAAUUCAAUUUGGUGGUUCACUUGGUACAAAUGGUCUUUUAAUAAAAGGUUCAAAAAAAUGUUUAAAUAUAAUAAAACGUAUUUAUUGUCAACGUUUAUUACAAGCACCAUAUGGUUUUAUUAUUUCGGAUCUUGUUGAAUUGAGUAAUAUUCAUGUGAAACGACAAGAACGUGAUCCUCUUAUAUCAUUACCUAAUGUAUUAUGUUUGAUAAUCAAUGAUAUUAAUCGACGUAGUGGUGGUUAUGGUGCAUCUAUGGAUGAAAUAAAAACAACAUUAAAAUUACAAUAUCCUGAAUUUCCAUUACCUACUGAUGAUAUUCUUUAUAGUACAAUUGGUACAUUAAUUCAAGAUAAAAUUUUACUACUUAAAAAUGGUGGCUAUACAACAUUACCUUGUGAACAAGCAAAACAAAUUAAAACACAAUUUAUAACAAAAGAUCAUAAACUUUAUUCAAAUGAACCUAAAUCAAUAUUUUCACGUUUAAUACACGGUUUUCGCCGUCGUGAUCAAAAUUUACCACCACCAUUUACUUUCAAUGCUCAAUUAUUAUCUUCACCUAAUUCGAAUCCUUAUUAUCAAGCACCACGUAUUGUUACUGAUUAUGGUAUGAUUGAAUCUAAUGCACAAUUUCGUGCAUCAUCACGUUCACAUCCUCAUACACUACGUCGUGCAUCAUUACGUACACAUUCAACCGAUACUCGACAACAACAACAACAACAACAACAAAUUCUUCCAACACCAUCAUCAUCAUCAUCAACAACACAAAUGCGUCGUCCUCGACCACGUUCAUUUAGUUUUGAUGAACAAUUAUCAAUAAUUGAUGAUGAUGAUGAAUCAAUUGUACAUGAUAUGCCAUUUAGUGUUGCACCAGUUCGUCCAUUUCAACAACAACAACAAAUUCAAUCACAACAUCGUCGUUUGAAUACAUCAAAAGUUAGUUCACGUUGUCGUACUCGUCGUCGUCAUCGUUCAAGAUCAUUAACAAAACGAACAAAUAAUCGACCAACAACGUCACAACAACAACCACAACAUGAAUGGUUACAUACAACAGAUAAUCAUCAAGAAUCAACAUCAAAUGAAGAAAUUGAAGAUGAUGGUGAUGAUGAAGAUAAUAAUGAUGAAGAAAAUGAAGCACAUUUUUCACCACGUUCAACAUCAACAGCAGCUAAUCGACCACGAAAUCGUAAACCUAUACUUCAUGCAUCUGAUUUUGAUCGUCGUUUAUGUGAAGCAACAACAACAACAACAACAACAAUAAUACGAACAAAUGAACGAGAAAAUUCAUCACCAAUUCAUAUCAAUAAUAUUCAACAUCAUACAAGUCCAGUUUCUCAACCAUCAACUGAACCUGAUGAUAUUAAUUUAGUAGUUUAUAGUAAUAAUAAUAAUGAUUUAUUAAAUACAACAAUAAUAAGUCGUAAAAGUGAAACAAAUAAUUCAUUAAAAAAAAUCACAUGUCAUGAAAAAUUUCUUGCUAUUCGUUAUGGUUCACCUGAUUCGGGUAUUAGUGGAAAAACUUAA